AAAAAGAAAGAAAGAAAGUAGACAGACAGACAGACAAACAGACAGACACAGACAGACAGACAGAUUAGACAGACAGACAGGACAGACAGACAGGACAGACAUACAUACAGACAGACGAAUAGGCCUGUCACAGCAUCUGUAAUCGUCAUCGUGGCCUUGACACAAAAUGAUUACGAGGGCAUUUAUUCUUAUGAUGGUUGUCUUCGGAUCCAUCAAUUUGCCCAUGUCAAUAUUUGCUAAAACAUCAAGUAUUCGUCAAACAACAAGUAAUUAUACAAUGGCAAAUAAUGCUGGAUGUUAUGCAUGUCGUAUGCACGAAGAAAUUAAAGCACUUAGCCUUAAGGCAAUUAAAGAACAAAUACUCAACAAGCUUGGACUUAAACGAGCGCCAAAUAUGACAGGACGUGCUUUACCAAGAAUACCACCGUUAUCAAAACUCAUGGACAUGUAUGGUAUGCAAUCUGAUCAACCAAAAUUACUUGAACCAAAUCAUAGUUUUGAUGAUACCAAGGAAUUAAUAACUAAAACUGAAAAUAUAUUUAUUUUUCCUCAACCACAUCCAAAAUUAAGGCAUUCAAAAGGAAACCUAGAUGUUCUUCUUUUUAAAUUUUCUGAUCGAAUAAUACAACAUCGUGUGAUAAGAGCCGAAUUAUCUAUAUGGAUUCUAGGCACAAAAGUACCUAACGUUUUUGCAGAUAGCAUUAAUAGUUCAACAAUACAAACUGAGAAUGAAGAAAAUAUUUAUGGUGAAAAUGUUUUUUCUUUGAAUAAAAAACAUAUUGAAGGUUUUGAAAAUUAUAAUGCAAAUGAUAAUACUGAUGAUACUAUUAUUGAUGAUGAUGACGAUAAUGAUGAUGAUGAGGAUGAUGAAGAUGAUGGUAUUAUUGAUUUAGAUGAUAAACAAAGUGACAGUGAUGAUGGUUAUGCAGUGAUUCAUAGGGAUCGUUAUAGUGAUUUUUAUGAUUAUGCUGAGGAUAAUAAUGGUGAUAGUGUUAACGUCGACGAUGAUGAUGAUGAUGACGAUGAUGAAGAAGAAGAUGAGGAUGACGACUAUGAAAACCAUGAUGAAAAUAAUGAUGAAUACAGUGAUAAACAAAAUGACAGCAAUGGAAAUACCAAUAGUGAUAAAAAUAAUGAUCGUCAAGCUAAUGUUUUUCGUAAUAAACAUCAAAAAAAUGAAAUAUACAUUCAAGGACAACCACGAAAAGAUUAUUUUAUGAAUAAAAAAAAAAUAAUUGAAAAAGAACGAGUUACUAUAACAUUACAAAGAGUAUUACGUAAUUCAGGAAGAAAAAGUGUUUCUUUAUUAGGCUCACCAUUAACAUCAAGACAUUUGCGAACAGUUAGUAGUCAAGGAACAUGGGUAACAAUUGAAUUACGAAGAAUGGUUACAGAAUGGUUUAAACAUCCACGUGAUAAUUUUGGUGUUGCACUUAAAAUAUCAACUGAAUUAUCAGGAAUGGAAAAAUUACAAAUUAUUGAAACAAAUCCAAAUGCUGAACAUGCACCAUAUCUUGAAGUUCAAAUACAAAAACAAGAUAUUAAACGUAAUUCAAGAAUUAAAAGAAAUGUUGGUUUAAAUUGUGAUGAUACUAGUCAAGAAACACGUUGUUGUCGUUACAAGUUAACUGUUGACUUUGAAAAAUUUGGAUGGGACUGGAUUAUUGCUCCUAAAAAAUACGAUGCCAACUAUUGCUCUGGUGAUUGUCCGAUGGCUUUCUUGACAGCUUAUCCAAACACCCAUAUUAUCAGCCUUGCUGAGCCACCAAACAAUACUGGUCCUUGCUGUGCUCCUCGUAAACUUUCUGAAAUAACGAUGCUCUAUUUUGACAACGAAUAUCAAAUAGUAUUUUCACGUUUACCUGGAAUGGUUGUUGAACGAUGUGGAUGUUCAUAGCUUUGGUUUUUUUUUCAUUCAAACUAUAUUAUUAUUUUCUU